AUGUUGACUCUAUCGGACGUAUUUGACAUUGAAAAAACAUCUUACGGAGGAAGGGGGUGUUUUGCCAAAGAGGAGAUCAAGCAAGGCACGACUGUACUCUUGUGUGAAAAGCCAUAUAGCUCAUCGAUACUUAGAAGUUUCAAGAAAGAAGUUUGCACGUGGUGUUUCCGAUAUGAAAAUGGGUCUAACUUGAAGUUCAAGAUUCCUGGCUUGAAUCAUUUCUAUUUCUGUUCAGAUAAGUGUAUAAAAGAAUUCCAAUUCUAUGACGUAGAUGGUCUCUAUCUGAGCUGUAUAGUGCACGCUGAAGAAGAGUAUGUAAAGGCACAAAAGAGAAAGAACCAGGUUGCUGCUGAUACGACAGAUAUCAAAAUAACAGUAGACGUAAUACAAAAAUACUGGGAUGAAGUAAAAAAAUGGGAAAUGAAGCUCCCUAUAAAAGUUCAUAAGAGAUCAAAUCUUAUACCAUACUUGGAUGAGAAUGAAUUAAUGGAGUUGAAAUAUGCUAUAGGGUGCCUUUUUGAGAUGAAGAGAGAAGAGGAUCUUGGACUCGAGCAACAAAGCGAGCUUGAUUUAAAUUCUACAGCAUUUAAAUUACUUCAAUCGGAUGAAAUACUAAAGCUCUCGUUGUAUCCCUACCUUCUCGAAUCAUACACGAGAGUGUAUAAGUUUCUUAAGCUUACUCUUGCAGAACCAUUACAAAAGUACUUGACAACAAACUUAUUUCGUGACAUAAUAGGUAAAAAUCUAAGUAAUGCCUUUGGAAUAUGGGAAUUAUCUGAUUCUGAUACUACUAAUAAGGAAUUUUUCGGAUACUCCGUAUACCCCACAGCAUCAUUCUUCAAUCAUUCGUGUGCACCAAAUUUGGCAAGGAAACGAGUCGGAAGAGCAAUUCAUUUUAUGACAAGUAGAGAUAUUUUACCAGGAGAAGAGUUGUGUAUAUGUUAUGGAAAUGCGGCUGAUGAAGAAUUCGAGAUAAGACAGAAGGAAUUGGAUGAAUGGCAUUUCAAAUGUCAAUGCACUAAAUGUAAACUAGAACAGCCACUAGAAAACAUGGAGACAUUGGUUAUAUAA